GCUUUCGUCGCUCUGUCUCUCUCGCGCUCAUGAGGCGUGCGGCGUAGGUGCGAGAGAGACAGCGCGUGCGGUGUGCCAAGCCAGGCCAAGCACAGCGAUGCAUCCGCUGCCGUGCACCAAAUAAUCGAGUGACAAUGGCACAGGUGGCGCGGCAGGCCCCCGGCGCGGACAUCCUGGGCCACGUGACGGAGGCCUUCCAGGAGCACGUGGCGCAGAAGAUGCAGCGGAUGGCCGACUUCCUGGGCUCGCUGGGCAUUCAGGUGCCGGUGCCCAACGUGGCCGAGGCCCUGCCGACCGGCAUAGUUAGCAUGGCGCAGCAGGCCGCCGAGGAGGACGCGAGCGACUCGUAGAGCUCGAGCUGGCGCGCGAACCUGUUUCCGCGUAUUCGGUGUUUUCUGGUGGCGGCGCCCAGGGACGGGCUCGGUGGCGGUGCGGGUGUGAGGCAUUGGCCAGGCAGCUUGCUGGCAGUGUAGUGGCGGCCACGGCCCCCUCCCCUGCGUCAGAUCUGGCUCCGCCCUGAAGGCAGGCGACGUACAUGACACUCCGCCAGGUGUGUCGUGGACCCCUCCGAAAUGCAACCCCGGAGCCGCCCCUGCCGGCUGGCGUGGCUUGGCGUGGCUUGGCGUGGCUUGGCCAGGUCGGCGGCGCAGGGCGCAGCACUCCCCUUCCGCCUCCGGAGUCCGUGACGCGGACUUGGCAGAGACGACGGGACGGGCCGAGCGCCCGCACGGCCAAGGGUAGGCAAUCCGCACGAACGCGCGCGGAGCGGGAGGCCUACCCUUCUUUCCGCAGGCGCCCUCGCCCCUCGUGGCGGCAUUCACGACAUUUCGCGAAAUUUGUAUUUCCCCUGUUUGGAGGCAUGGAUGAAAAUAAAGGGCAAGAAGAGCGUGAA